AUGGCUCCGAGCCUCCGGCCCCUGCUGCUGCUGUUCUUAUUGCUGCUGUCACACAAAGCGGCUUUGGCGCCUACUGAGCCUCAGCCUCUGGAUCCUGGUCUCUCCCUUUUGAAGUCAUUCAUCUCCUCUCUGGACCAAGCACCUCAUCGUUCCCUCAGCCAGUCACGGUUCUCUGCAUUCCUGGCCAACGUUUCUUCUUCCUUUGAGCUUGGGAGGAUGGGGGAGGGACCAGUGGGAGAGCCCCCACCUCUUCAGCCCCCUGCACUUCGUCUCCAUGAUUUCCUCGUGACACUGAGAGGUAGCCCAGACUGGGAGCCGAUGCUAGGGCUUCUGGGAGAUGUGCUGGCACUCCUGGGACAGGAGUUGACCCCCCGGGACUUUUUGGUGCACCAGGCAGGUGUACUGGGUGGACUUGUAGAAGCACUGUUGGGAGCUUUAGUUCCUGGAGGUUCCCCUGCUCCCACGAGGCCCCCAUGCAGCCGCGAUGGGCCCUCUGACUGUGUCCUGGCUGCUGAUUGGUUGCCGUCUCUGAUGUUGUUAUUAGAGGGUACGCGCUGGCAGGCCCUGGUGCAGUUGCAACCCAGUGUGGACCCAACCAAUGCCACAGGUCUUGAUGGGAGAGAGCCAGCUCCUCACUUUUUACAGGGUCUGUUGGGCUUGCUUACCCCAACAGGAGAGCUGGGCUCUGAGGAGGCUCUUUGGGGUGGUCUGCUGCGCACAGUGGGGGCCCCCCUCUAUGCUGCCUUCCAGGAGGGGCUACUCCGCGUCACUCACUCUCUGCAAGAUGAAGUCUUUUCUAUUAUGGGUCAGCCAGAGCCUGACGCCAGUGGGCAGUGCCAGGGAGGUAACCUACAACAGCUGCUCUUAUGGGGUAUGCGGAACAACCUUUCCUGGGACGCUGAAGCUCUGGGUUUUCUGUCUGCAUCACCACCUCCACCCCCUGCGCUCUUGCACUGCCUGAGCACAGGUGUGCCUCUGCCCAGGGCUUCCCAGCCUGCAGCUCCCAUCGGCCCUCGGCAACAGCGAGCCAUCUCUGUGGAGGCCCUUUGUGAGAACCACUCGGGCCCAGAGCCACCCUACAGCAUUUCCAACUUCUCUAUCUACUUGCUCUGCCAGCACAUCAAGCCUGCCACCCCACAACCCAUUCCUACCACCCCACAACCCCCCCCUCCUAGCACUACUGUCAUCUGCCAGACAGCUAUAUGGUAUGCAGUUUCAUGGGCACCAGGUGCCCGAGGUUGGCUCCAGGCCUGCCAUGAUCAAUUUCCUGAUCAGUUUCUGGACAUGAUCUGCAGCAACCUCUCAUUCUCAUCCCUGUCUGUCCCCAAUCGUCGCUUGGUAAAGCAGCUCUGUGCUGGCUUGCUCCCACCUCCUACCAGCUGCCCAGAUGGCCUGGUCCCUGUGCCCCUCACCCCAGAAAUAUUCUGGGGUUGCUUUCUGGAGAACAAGACACUGUGGGCUGAGCGGUUGUGUGUGGAGGAAAGUCUACAAGCUGUGCCCCCCCGAAACCAGGCUUGGGUUCAGCAUGUAUGUCAGGGCCCCACCUUGGAUGCCACUGACUUCCCACCCUGCCGCAUUGGGCCCUGUGGGGAACGCUGCCCAGAUGGGGGCAGCUUCCUGCUCAUGGUCUGUGCUAAUGACACCAUGUAUGACGCCUUGGUUCCCGUCUGGGCUUGGCUAGCAGGCCAGUGCAGGCUAAGUCGUGGAGGAAAUGACACUUGCUUUCUAGAAGGCAUGCUGGGCCCCUUGUUGCCUUCUCUGCCACCUCUAGGGCCAUCCCCACUCUGCCUGGCUCCUGGUCCCUUUCUGCUGGGCAUGCUAUCCCAGCUGCCGCGCUGUCAGUCCUCUGUGCCAGCCCUCGCCCACCCCACACGCCUGCAUUAUCUCCUGCGCCUACUGACCUUCCUUUUGGGUCCAGGGGCUGGGGGUGCUGAGACUCAGGGAAUGCUGGGUCAAGCCCUGCUGCUCUCUAGUCUCCCAGACAACUGUUCGUUCUGGGAUGCCUUCCGCCCGGAGGGCCGGAGAAGUGUACUGAGGACGGUCGGGGAGUACUUGGCGAGAGAAGAGCCAACCCCUCCAGGCUUAGAGUCCGCUGUUGCCCUCAGCUCUGGCAUGAGCAAGAUGGAGCUUCUAUCCUGCUUCAGCCCUCUACUAUGGGAUCUACUCCGGAGAGAGAAGAGUGUUCGGGUCCUAAAGAUCCUGGUGAAGGCCUACCUGCACAUGCCUCCGGAAGACCUUCAGCAGCUGGUGCUCUCGGCAGAGACGGAGGCUGCGCAGGGCUUCCUGACGCUCAUGCAUCGCUCCUGGGCUCAGCUGAAGGUUCCACCAUCCGAGGAGCAGGCUGUGGGGCGCCUGACGGCUUUGCUGCUCCAGCGAUACCCACGCCUCACCUCCCAGCUCUUCAUCGACUUGUCACCACUCAUCCCCUUCCUGGCUGUCCCCGACCUGAUGCGUUUCCCACCAUCCCUUCUGGCCAAUGACAGCGUCCUGGCUGCCAUCCGGGAUCACAGCUCAGGAAUGAGGCCUGAACAGAAGGAGGCCCUGGCAAAGCGCCUGCUGGCCCCUGAGCUGUUUGGAGAAGUGCCAGACUGGCCCCAGGAGCUGCUGUGGGCAGUGCUGCCUCUGCUUCCCCAUCUCCCCCUGGAGAACUUUCUACAACUCAGCCCUCACCAGAUCCAGGCCCUGGAGGAUAUCUGGCCAGUGGCAGGUCUUGGGCCAGGGCACGCCCGGCAUGUGCUUCGUAGCCUGGUAAACCAGAGCAUGGAGAAUGGUGAGGAGCAGGUGCUCAGGCUUGGGUCCCUUGCGUGUUUCCUGAGUCCCGAGGAGCUACAGAGUCUGGUGCCCUUGAGUGAUCCAAUGGGGCCGGUAGAACAGGGCCUGCUGGAAUGUGCCGCCAAUGGGACCCUCAGCCCAGAAGGACGGGUGGCAUAUGAACUUCUGGGUGUGUUACGUUCAGCCGGAGGAGCUGUCUUAAGCCCCCGAGAGCUGCGGGUCUGGGCACCUCUCUUUCCUCAGCUGGGCCUCCGCUUCCUGCAGGAGCUGUCAGAGCCCCAGCUCAGAGCCAUGCUUCCUGCCCUCCAGGGAGCCAGUGUCACACCUGCCCAGGCUGUCCUGUUGUUUGGAAGGCUCCUUCCUAGGCACGAACUAUCCCUGGAGGAACUCUGCUCCUUGCACCCUCUUCUGCCAGGUCUCAGCCCCCAGACACUCCAGGCCAUCCCUAAGCGAGUUCUGCUUGGCGCUUGUUCCUGCCUGGGCCCUGAGCUGUCAAGGCUUUCGGCCUGUCAGACUGCAGCGCUGCUGCAGACCUUUCGGGUAAAAGAUGGUGUUAAAAAUGUGGGUGCAACAGGUGGCGGCAGCUCAACUGUGUGCAUUCCUGGUCAGCCCAUCCCCACCACUUGGCCAGACUGCCUGCUUCCCCUGCUCCCGUUAAAGCUGCUACAGCUGGACACCGCGGCUCUUCUGGCAAACCGGAGACGCUAUCGGCAGCUGCCUUGGUCCGAGCAACAGGCACAGUUUCUCUGGAAGAAGAUGCAAGUGCCUACCAACCUGACCCUGAGGAGUCUGCGGGCUCUGGGCAACCUGGCAGGGGGCAUGUCCUGUGAGUUUCUGCAGCAGAUCAGCUCAAUGGGAGACUUCCUUGAGGUGGUGCACAUGCUCUACCAACUGCCCACUGGUGUUCGAGGGAGCCUGCGGGCCUGUAUCUGGGCAGAGGUACAGCGAAGGAUGACAAUGCCGGAGCCAGAGCUGACCGUCCUGGGGCCAGAACUGAGUGAGCUUGACACAAAGCUACUCCUGGACUUACCGAUCCAACUGAUGGACAGAUUAUCCAAUGACUCCAUUAUGUUGGUGGUGGAGUUGGUCCAUGGCGCUCCAGAGCAGCUGAUGGCACUGACCCCACUCCACCAGGCAGCCUUGGCAGAACGGGCACUAAAAAGCCUGGCCCCAAAGGAGACCCCAAUCUCUGAAGAAGUGCUGGAGACGUUGGGCCCCUUGGUUGGAUUCCUGGGAAUAGAGAGCAUACGACGGAUCCCUUUACCAAUUCUACUGUCCCAUCUCAGUCAGCUGCAGGGCUUCUGCCUAGGCGAGACAUUUGCCACAGAGCUGGGAUGGAUGCUGUUGCAGGAGCCGGCUCUCGGGAAACCAGAGUUGUGGAGCCAGGAGGAAGUAGAGCAAGCUGGACGCCUAGUAUUCACUCUGUCUACUGAGGCUGUUUCCCUGAUCCCCAGGGAGGCGUUGGGCCCAGAGACCCUGGAGCGGCUUCUAGGAAAACAGCAGAGCUGGGAGCAGAGCAGACUGGGACAUCUGUGUGGGGGUCCACAGCUUGCCCACAAGAAAGCAGCUCUAGUAGCUGGGAUUGUGCAUCCAGGUGCUGGGAGUCUCCAAGAGCCUGUACCGAACUGUGCAGACAUACGGGGGACCUUUCCAGCAGCCUGGUCUGCGGCACAGAUCGCAGAGAUGGAGCUCUCAGACUUUGAAGACUGCCUGUCACUAUUUGCUGGAGACCCAGGACUUGGUCCUGAGGAACUGCAGGCAGCCAUGGGCAAAGCCAAGCAGUUGUGGGGUGCCCCCCGGGGAUUCCGUCCUGAGCAGAUCCUGCAGCUGGGCCGGCUCCUGAUAGGUCUAGGAGAGCGAGAGCUGCAAGAGCUGACCCUGGUGGACUGGGGUGUGCUGAGCAGCCUGGGGCAAAUAGACGGCUGGAGCUCUGUCCAGCUCCGAGCUGUGGUCUCCAGUUUCCUACGGCAGAGUGGCCGGCAUAUGAGCCACCUGGACUUCAUUUACCUGACAGCACUAGGUUACAUGCUCUGCGGCCUGCGGCCAGAGGAGUUGCAGCAUAUCAGCAGUUGGGAGUUUAGCCAAGCAGCUCUCUUCCUGGGCAGCCUGCAUCUCCCGUGCUCUGAGGAACAGCUAGAAGUUCUGGCCUAUCUCCUUGUGCUGCCUGGCGGCUUUGGCCCAGUCAGUAACUGGGGGCCUGAAAUCUUCACUGAAAUUGGCACAAUAGCAGCCGGCAUCCCAGACCUGGCUCUUUCAGCGUUGCUGCGGGAACAGAUCCAGGGCCUGACUCCUCUGGCCAUUUCUGUCAUCCCUGCUCCCAAGUUUGCAGUGGUAUUCAACCCCAUCCAGUUAUCCAGUCUCACCAGUGUUCAGGCUGUAGCUGUUACUCCUGAGCAAAUGGCCUAUCUGAGUCCUGAGCAGCGGCGAGCGGUUGCAUGGGCCCAGCAUGAAGGGAAGGAGAUCCCGGAACAGAGGGGUCGAAGCUCAGCCUGGGGUCUCCAUGACUGGUUCCAAGCCUCCUGGGUCCUGGCACUGACCAUCAGCUUUCUUGGCCCCCUAUUGUGAUCCUGUCCCUUCCGUUGAGGGGGAACGCUUGCAUCAUACUGAACAAACUGUAAAUGGAAGUGCAUUCUAGUUCUUCUCUGUAAGUGGGUGAUGAACAUGGGUAAAAUUCUAAUGCAUUCCACCCACCUGAGAGUCAGUGUUCCCG